AUGGGAAGGAGGGAUAAUGUUCACAAGAGGAAAAAGACCGAAGAGCAUUUGGAUCAUGGCAUAGAAAUGAAGAAGACGAACCUAAUACGACGCCAGGAGAAACCGCGAUGCUAUUUAGGGAAAACUGGGCCGACGGACAGCAUGUUAAGAGACAGCGUACGAGGAGGCAUGGCACUAACAACUACAAUAGGAAGGAGGUCAGUCCAUCUCGGCGAUAAGCGCAAGAAGCAACCCUGUAAAUUCGAUUCCUGACCAUCCCGAAUUGGCCUUGAGCAGAAGACCUUGUGGAUGGACAUUGUGGAAGUUGUUCAUCAAAAC